AUGGAGGCAAGCGGGCUGGUCGAGGUCGCGAAGCAGCCCAAGAAGAAGAAGAAACCUGGGCCGAGAAGCAAAAAGGACAUCCGCUACGCGCGGGCCCGCGACAGGAUGUUCGGCCGCCACCUGAAGGAGAUCACCGAGACGUCGUCUGGCUCUGACAUCCAGGAUGAGGGCGUGAAAGAGUUCAUGAAGAAGUACCAGAGCACGCACUCGUCCACGGUGAAGGCGCAGCUGCGAGAGGUCUGGGACAGAUGCGACAGAGACUUCUCCGCCGCGGGGACGGUGAUCCUCGCGAG